AUGGCGACAUCGAAGCUACAGGCCCUAUGGAAUCACCCUGCUGGCCCUAAAACAAUUCAUUUCUGGGCACCUACGUUCAAGUGGGGCAUUAGCAUAGCUAAUCUUGCCGACUCAGCCAAGCCCCCGGAGAAAGUUUCUUAUCCGCAGCAGAUUGCGGUUACAGCAACUGGAGUUAUCUGGUCACGCUACAGCACCGUAAUUAAUCCUAAGAACUGGAAUCUAUUCAGUGUAAACAUUGUUAUGGCCGGUACAGGAAUUUACCAGCUUACUCGCAAAAUCCGACACGACUAUUUCAGUGAGGAGCAAGCUGUUGCCAAAGAAUGA